AUGAAGUUAUGGGAUAGUCUGACCACUUGUUUGAUUCUGCUGAGCGCCGUGCACGCCAGCCCGCUGCUCCGGAGCCAACGCCGGUCAGCGUCCGCCAAGAGGAGAGGGCGCGCCGCCGCCACCUCCUCCGAGAGUCCGCUGGAGCUCCCGCCGGUUCAGAUCCGCCUGUCGGUCGCUUCCGCGGGCAUCCGCCGCUCUGAGGCGGACACCGCGGACUGGAGGGAGACGCUGGCUGCUGGAGAGAAAUACACCAUGGAGGAGCCCCUUCCAGGUGACUUUGAAGAUUUGGUGGAUUUCAUCAAAGUGGCCAUCGGUAGAAGACGUCGCUCGUCCACCUCCACCGUGUCCUCAACUACCUCUUCUUUCUCCACCACCUCCUCCCCCUCCAAAGAAAACUUGAGCGGCAGCAUUCGGCACAGACGGGAGCGAAAGAAGGGGGCGAGCCAGCAGCAAGGUAAAGGAGGAAGAGGAGGAGCUAGAGGCGGAGAGACAGGCCGAAAGGUUAGAAUAGGAGGCGGCAGAGGACAGGGCUGCGUGCUAAAACAGAUCCACCUCAACGUGUCAGACCUGGGUCUGGGCUACCGCUCCGGCGAGGAAAUGAUAUUCAGGUACUGCUCAGGACCCUGCAGGAAGUCCGAAACCAACUACGACAAAAUCCUCUACAACCUCGCUCAUAACAGACGGUUUCCUCCUAAGGACACACCCCCUCAGGCUUGUUGUCGGCCAAUAGCGUUUGACGAUGAUCUCUCGUUUCUGGACGACAACCUUGUGUACCACACAGUGAAGAAGCACUCUGCCAGGAAAUGUGGUUGUGUGUAGGGACCAAGAACUGGUCUGAGGCUUCAUGUCAUUUUACAUUCGCUACCACUUUGAAGUUUGUAGUGUUUUUUUUCUCCCAAGACGUUUCACAUUGUGAGGAACGUUC